GACGCUGGAUUCUCCUCUCAGGGGUCCUAGGCCUGGGUUUACACCAGUGUCUCCGAGGGGGCAGAGUCUGAUGCUGCAGGCCUGCCCUGCCCAUGAACCGUAGGAGACAGCGGCUCUCUGCUCUGCCCUGCCAGUCAAGAUGGGCCCUUGCUGAACCGCCAGGCUGGGGUCAUGCUCUGCCUGGCAGCCCCCAGCACACCGCACUCCCCAGCGCUGCGACUGAUGGCUCCUCCACAUGCUCCCAUCCUCUCAGACCCGCUGACACACACAGCCACGCAUCCUCUCUCUUCCUCUGACUCAGACACUGCUCAGCUCCACGGCUGUGCGGAGCCAGCCUCUCACAAGCUUCUGCUGGCUGGGAAACGCCAGGCAGAUGCUGGGCUAGCCGGCCACUGCAACAGCACGAGCCGGCACCCUCUGUGUUCCAGCCAGCCAGAGAGAGGAGGCGCCCGUUGCAGUUUGGAUACCGUCGGAGCAAGAUCUGUCAUCCCGCUACGGGUCUCGGUCUGGAGGGCGUCCCGCAAGCAAAGGGGCCAUCCCCGGAGGCAGAACCCAGAGGGGAAAGGAUGCGCUAGGAGCUCAGCCAGCGGCCCCAUGCCUGCUCGUGACCAGUCAUGCGGCUGCAGCCGGGGGCCCAAUGUGGAGCAUGGGAAGUGGUACGGGGUCCGCUCCUACCUGCACCUCUUCUACGAGGACUGCACCGGCGCCAGUCUGGCUGAUGACAUGACCGAACCCCCAGUCUCCCGUGCCCAUGGCGGAUGGCCCUCCCUCGUCUGGAAGGUGAGUCUCUCAGCUGGAAUGCUGCUCUUGCUGAUUGGAGCCGCAGCACUGGCCACAGGGUACCUGGUGCCCCCGAAGCUGGAGGGCAUCGGCGAGGAAGAGUUUAUGGUGCUUGACCUGCAGGCGAUGGCGUAUAACCAUGCCCUGGUGACCUGCAGACUGGUGGGCACUGUCCUGUGCGCCGUGGCCGGGGCCCUGGGGGUGGCGGGCGUCCUGGCAUGCAUGCUGGGCAGGGCUGCGCAAGGGGGCAAGGAGGAGGAGGAGCAGCAGCUAUCGCCCAUUCUGCGGGAGAGCCCCCUGAAGAAGCACAGCAUCAUCAUGCCACCAGCAGCAGCAGGCUCACCGGCCGUGCCCUUUGGCGCUUCGCAGAUACAAAACAUACAGCCAAAGAGAGAGACACAGCUCCUCCUCCUGCCUCCCUCCACCACCGCACCCGCUCCCUGAAGCUAAGAGCUCUCCUGUCUCCCCGCACGUUACUACCACACCCGAUUAACAGCCCCACUGCCCCGGCUCUAAGGAGUCCCGACGUGUCACCAUUCAGCGCUAGCAGGAGGAAGGUGUGUGCAGCACCUGCACCUCUUCCCGCUGCUUCAUCUGCAGAACCUGGGGUGGGAGGGGAGUGUGGAGGGAGGCUGUGGCCUGGCCCCCAUGGGAGAAGAUCUGAGAACUGCUGGAGGUGUCUUCUGGCCAGGCCACCUGGCUCAAACCAGAACAGAAAUGCCCCACCUGAGCUCAGGCUGACUCAGCCUUUAAGCCAAUAGGAUCAUUUCAUGCCACAUCAUCUGGAGGCUGAGCUAUAAUUGCAACCUAUCAGCAAGAAGGAAACUGUGUUCGGAGGUAGAGGUGGAGUGUGAUUGGCCAUCACCUAAUGGACAAAGUCCCAACUUUUCUGUGGUCCACCUUCCUCUGCCCUGCUUCCUGGUCAGCUGUAACUGACGAAAGUGUCUGAGUACCGGUCCAGCAAUGUCCUCCUUCCAUGCUGGUUCAAUAAAGAUA